GAGUAAUAACCAUCCAUUCGUUGUUAUUGAUGCACAAAGUCCAAAAGAGGCUGAAAAAGUCGUUGUUGUCGGAAGUAAAGGUGUUGGAAAGACUUCUCUUGUUCGUCGGUUGGUCUGUGAUUCGUUCACUGACGAGUAUGAGACAACAAAAGGGAUUGAUGUUGUGAAAACAACACUCUGUGGAGACAAAGACUUUGUGCAAUUUGGACUUUGGGACACCCCAGGAGUAGAAGCGACUGAGUCCUUUGUUCAGAGGUAUGGGCAGAGCACAAAAUGCAUAAUAGUUGUAGUCGAUAAUACUAAAGAAAGUUGGGUGGCUGGAAAGAAGUGGAUUGAAGCCAUUCAGAGAUGCAAAGAACGAACACCCCUUAAGGAAAAAUCGCCGGAUGUUGUUGUCGUUGAAACUAAAAUCGACCUCGAGCAGAAAGGUGAGAAAGAAGGAUACGAUGCGGAAUUAAAAAUGAAUGGGAUCGAAUUGAUCAAGGUGUCAUCAAAGAGUGGAAAUAAUAUCCCCGGACUAAUUGGACAUAUUGUCAAAGACAAAAACAAUAAACAGAUGAAAGUAGAGGAACAACAAGUGUGCGACUUUUGGAUUGAACCAGAAGAAAAGAGCCGGGCUUGUUUCAGCUGGUUUAAUUGUAGAAUUACCGACUUUUAA